ACCGGUUUGGAAACCACGCUAGUAGGUUAUAUGUAUGCUCACUUCCUAAUGAAGCUUACCCCUUAUUGUCUAUCAGUAGGAGUGUGUUUUCUUUAUCAGAGUCCUCCUGCAUUAGUGAUGCGUAGUCUGAUUCUUUUCGGACAGUUCGGCUCAUCGAACUGGUUCUAAAAGUGAUACACCCGCAGUGCUCGCUCGUCAGAAUCCUCGGCAAUCCUCGGCAAACUUCGACAGUUGGUUGAACCGGCUCAUUCGGUUCUUUUUUUUGAAUCGGACGCGCUACUUCGGCUGUGCGUCCUGCGUCAUCAACCCGGAACUAACGUUCGAUUCAGUUCGAUUUUGUGAACCGGCUCAACCGGUUACUUCCAGAGAACCGGCUCACAAGAACGAUUCGUUCGAGAACCGAACAUCACUAAUGCACGCUGCAACUCAAGUGACGGCGGAUUGGAUGUGUGUUCAAUAAACUUCAGGUGAGAAACAGGAUCCUAAUGAGCAGAAAUGAGUGACCAUCUCCUCAACCCACUGACCGUCAUAUGUGCGGGAUCCUGCUUCGCCUUCUCUGGCCUGUUUUAUAAACUAUAUUCAGAUAAAAGACAAGUAGUACAGAAGCUGAAGGAGAUUCCAAACUUUCAAGCAGACCAUCACCUGCUCAGGAUUCUGAAUGCGUCGUCCAACAAGAGACUUCAUUAUGUUGCUGUAGAAGGAUUGGUGCAGGCCAUCGGAGAGCCCAUUUCCAGCCAGUACGUGCCACGCUGUCAUGGUGUCAUCCAAAAGAUAACCGUGCAUGAGCACUGGAAAUACUGGAACUCCGUUCUAAAAACAUGGGUCUCCAAAAAAGUGAACAAGCAGCAGACCACCAACACCGUGCCCUUCAGCUUGGUCCAGCCCGGCUCGUUCAUCAGCGAGGUCUCGGUGCGUGUGGAGUCUCCUCUGGAGGCGAGCGGCGAUUACCUGGAGCAGGUGCACAAGCGGCUCAGACAAGCCAAAGAGGGGCUGAUGGACGCAGUGGUGGGAGAGCUGAGCGGAGAGAAGCCUGUGGCCCUAGAGGAGCGAGAGGAGCUGCUGCGUGUGGGAUCGGCCCUCACCGCAUUCGGGGAGCUGGUUCUGGAGCAGGACAAGAUCAUGAGGCUACAGCCGCCCAAAGACGGCCGCAGCUACAUCCUGAUCCCCAGCGAUUACAAGAGCUUCAUACAGCGGCACGAGAACAGCGCUAACAUGUGGAAAGGCUUGACGGCGCUGUUCGGAAUAACAGGGUUUGCACUCAUAGCUGGUUUCAUCCACGGUGCGGUUAAUAAGGAUAAAAAGAACUAGCUGACCAAGUCAUGAUAGUUUCUGAUUAAGGUAAUUAUAACACAUUUAAAAUCAUGGGCAUAGGAACAGCUAUAUAUCACUUUAUUUUAGUUUUGCCAGUGAAAUUAUUUUUCAAGCCUUGUACUUUUUAAGGGAUCCGAACUGUCUGUAUAUCUGCGUUUCCUAUUUUAUGAAUCCAAAAUAAUAUCAGAUCCGUUCUGCUUGACCUGAUUUAUCAAUAUUAAAAGUCAUUCCUAACUC